GGAAUGUGACAAGUCCCGGACGGAAUCCUUGGAGGACGAGGAGAUCGAGACGUUUUACCGGAUGCUGACCCAGCGGGAAGAGAUCGACGGACUCUUUGAGGCCCUCUCGGGCUCCCGGGAGACGCUGACCGCCGAGCAGCUGGCCGCCUUCCUGAGGCAGGAGCAGAAGGAAGAGGAGGCCGGCCCCAAGCUGGCCCUGUCCCUCAUUCAGAGAUACGAGCCCAACGAGGCCGCCAAGGAGCAGCAGCGGAUGACCAAGGACGGCUUCCUCAUGUACCUGCUGUCGGCCGACGGGAGCGCCUUCAGCCUGGCCCAUCGGCGCGUCUACCAGGACAUGAGCCGGCCCCUCCACCACUACCUCAUCUCGUCCUCCCAUAACACCUACCUGAUGGAGGACCAGCUCACAGGGCCCAGCAGCACCGAGGCCUACAUCCGGGCACUGUCCAAAGGCUGCCGCUGUGUGGAGCUGGACUGCUGGGACGGCCCCAACAUGGAGCCGGUCAUCUACCACGGCUACACCUUCACCUCCAAGAUCCUCUUCUGCGAUGUCAUCAGGGCCAUCAAGAAUUACGCCUUCAAGGUGUCACCAUACCCCGUGAUCAUCUCCUUGGAGAAUCACUGCAGCUUGGAGCAGCAGAGAGUCAUGGCCCACCACCUGCGGACCAUCCUGGGGGACUUGCUGCUUGACAGACCCAUGGACGAGAUGGUGACAGACUUCCCUUCCCCCGAGCAACUAAAGAAGAAGAUCCUGGUGAAGGGGAAGAAGCUGGGGGGCCUGCUGGCCAGCCAGGGGGGCUCGGAGGCUGCUGACGUCUCCGACGAGGAUGAAGCUGCCGAGAUGGAAGACGAGGCCGUGAAGAUGAAAGUGAAGCAGCAGCAGUCUAACGACAAGCUCAAGCUGGCCAAAGAGCUUUCGGACUUGGUCGUCUACUGCAAGAGCGUCCACUUCCAAGGCUUCCGGGAGCCGGCCUCGGGCCCCGCCUUCUACGAGAUGGCGUCCUUCACCGAGAACCGGGCUCUCAAGCUGGCCCAGGAGUCUGGAAACAGCUUCAUCCGCCACAAUAUCAAGCAUCUGAGCAGAAUCUACCCUGCCGGCUGGAGAACCGACUCGUCCAAUUACAACCCGGUGGACAUGUGGAACGUCGGCUGCCAGAUCGUGGCCUUGAACUUCCAGACGCCAGGCUUGGAGAUGGACGUGUACCAAGGCCGUUUCCAGGACAACGGCUUCUCCGGCUACGUUCUGAAGCCGGCCUUCCUCCGAGACCCCACCUCCAGGUUCAACCCCCGCUCUGUGGCCGAGGGGCCCUGGUGGAACCGGAAGAGACUCCGGGUCCGGGUCAUCUCUGGGCAGCAGCUGCCCAAAGUGAAUAAGAGCAAAAACUCCAUCGUGGACCCCAAGGUGACCGUGGAGAUUCACGGGGUCGCCCGCGAUAAUGCCAGCAUGCAGACCCCGGUGGUGGACAACAACGGCUUCAACCCACAGUGGGACAAGGAGUUCCAGUUCGAGGUGGACGUCCCUGAGCUCGCCCUGGUGCGCUUUGUGGUGGAAGACUACGACGCGUCUUCCAAGAACGACUUCGUGGGUCAGUGCACCAUCCCCUUCUUCAGCCUCAAGCAAGGUUAUCGCCACAUCCACCUCCUGUCAAAGAACGGGGACCAGUAUCCGUCAGCCACGUUGUUUGUGAAGGUCAACAUUGAGGACUGAGGGCAGGCCGGGGUCCCAGCUGGCCUCCCUGCCGAGGAGUGGCCAAGAACCAGCAGCCCUCUGCCCCGUUGGCUCCCCAGAGCCCCAGAACUGUCAGAGACUGGCCUGGGCCAUCAUGGGAACGUGAGAGGGCAAAGCUGGAGCCUGGCAGGAGGAGGGAGCCGUGCCUCUCUGAAGGGGUCCUGGCUUGGGGAACUUGACUUCGGGGAUCCCCCUCAGGCUCGCCCCCGCAGUGACGUCUCCUCCUCCCCGUCCUGAGCUAAAGGGGCUGGCGGUCCUGACAGCUGGGAGGACCCAGGAGGGCAAACUUCUUCACCUUCCGGAAUGACUGCCUCAGCCCAGAAGGGCUUUGAGAUCUCUGUCCAGCCAACCCCUGGGGGUGGAGGGAGGCAAGGAGAGGUCUGGAUGGGGGGGUGGGGGGGCGGUUCCUGGGGAACCCGUAGAGCUGAGUUACACUACAACCAUUCCUGUGCUUGGACAGACGCCUGCUUCGGAUCUUAAUAAAGUUAGAAUG